AUUUAGUUGAUGCUGGUGGUGGAGGGCAUGCCCGAAUGUUCGGUAAACAACAUGAACAAAGAGCAAGCUGCGGGUUUAAAAUCAGACUUGCUGUUUCUUCUGUUUCAAAGUUAGUAGAUCCCCACGAGGAAUGAAGGUAAAAUUAAACAACGCGCCGGAAGCGGCAAAGGCUGCUGGUUGGUAAGACGCACCGGAAUGAAACCAUUUAAUCUAAAUCGCGUGGACGAAAGGGGCAUGGCAUGAGAGAUAAUAUCCCAAGAAGCAGCAAGGGAGAGCUAGCUACCAAGCGAUGCGUACGUGUAUGUUCACAGAUCUUUUAAUUAUUCUUCUCCUUUCAGGGUUAAACCUGGCUUACUAGACCAGACCGGGGGGUGGAGGGGGGGAGUUUAUGAGCUGCUACGCAGUAGUUAUGUGUUGAUGGGGGAGAUUGGGAAAAUUUAGAAUCAAAUAAAGCCCAAGACGAGACGGCGGCGACAAGAGCAGCGAGGAAUUUAACAGUUCAAACCUAUGUCCCAGUUGGGAAUUUCAAAUGCAAGCCGCUGCAAAAGAGUCGGUCAACCUGGCCCGGUUCGUAUUCAGAUAUAACUUUGCAUAUUUCAAGAGGAUGAGGCUCUCUCUCCGUCGUCCUACGUUGCGUUGAAAACGACAAGACGUGAUAGACCGCCCAUGUAGUUACUGUAUGUACUAUAAACCUGUCUACUCCGCAUAGCUGCCAAGAGCCAUAAUGGGAUAUCGGAGACAUUUUCAUAUCAUGGUCCAUGGCAUGGCAUGGCAUGGCAUAUGGCAUGGGAGGGAACGUACUACGGAUGGGCGGAGGAAUGACGCUGAGUCUGAAGCUUGCCAACGAGGCUGCGAGAGGGCUCCGGACUCGGGAACGUUGAUUUGCUCGUCUGGGGGUGGUGGCUGGGUUAAACUACUGGGUAUCAAUUAUUAUUAUCAAUCGCCUUGGAGCAAAUUCCCGCUGGUCUGUUUCUUAAAAUCUUCAUCAGGUGAUGGGUCUGGGGCACUGCGCAGUACGUACAGUAACUACUACUACUACUACUCCAUCCAUGGACAUGCAUGUUGUAGUUACAGAGUCCAACCCCCGGACGGUAAUCUGCAGGUGUCAGCCUUGGAGACCAUGAGCCAAAGAGAGAGGCAAAAAUCCGAAAACAGCCAAGCAAGCAGGCAAGCGCCACCUAACCACAAUGUGCGUGCGGCAGUACGGAGUACAUGA